AUGGCCUUUAAUAAACCAGACCAUAACGAUCAGGGUAGCCUCGUGGAUGACAACAUGAUUGUACUGAGAGUACGUAUGAGGGAGAUGAAGAUGAUGGAGGAAUUUGAUUACCCACCUUCGCAUUGGAUGGAGUGGGAGAAGCAAUAUUAUGCACAUCAUAACUAUAAUACUGAUGUUUGCGAAGCUGUAGGGUUGCUGCAAAAUUUCUUGAUGAAUAUUAGGCCAAGUAUAGCUUUAGGGAUUCUAGCACUUCUUUUCAUGUGUGUGCUCAUCUCUACUGGGGUGGUUUUCUCCUACGCUGUAGAGAUCACCAUGAGAUUAAUUUUGUCUGUGUUUCAUCUUCGCUAA